AUGUUCUCUCGUUCGAUAGCUUUGCUUGAAAAGUCGCGUCGCGUGUCGUUAUUUCCUACCUUCCCGUCCAAGGUUGCGAGGGCAAUAACGACCUUAGUUAAGCCCAAAUACAAGAAGCUGACAAACUCUAAACAUGCUGAACUCGCGCUGGCGCUGUAUAAACGGUACGGCAAUUCUGUUAUAGAAAAAGCAAAAGCCUUACAACAAAAGAAACUCAUGAUGUCGGGAAAAGGAAUCAAGCACAAUGCGAAACUUCCAUCCAAGGUGGGAACCAUAGAGAGCAAAGGAAGUCCCAAAACCGCCCGUCCCAACCCUCAUUCUACAAAAACAAAAAGACUUUCCUCUGGGGAGAAAUCAGCCUCCCAAGGGGGAAUGCGGUCUCUAAACCGAAACGAACCUUCCGGUAAAUCCAAGCGGUUUCAUUCGUCCGUAUCCGCGCCAGUUGUUGCGGUCGGGCGACACUCCGGGGCGGUGAUCCGCCCGGGGGGGGCCGACCCUCACGCGAGACACCCAUCCUACGAUGCCUUUCGCGCCUCCGUGAUGAAACACGGAAAUUUUACACCUUCGAGCGCCUUAUACAAACAAAUCCACCGUCUAUGGCGCCUCACCUCUACCCAAACGCAACUCAGCAAUAAAGCUCGGGAGUAUAUGGUCCUUCGACUCAUUAAAAAGUCGCACCAUGGAUCUAAAAAGGGAUUGCCGAUCGUGAAAAAGCAAUCGAAGCCGUCGUCGAAGAGUAAAGCAGUACAAAAAAGGGCUGUCGGUACUAAAAAAAAUCCCCCAAAGUCGUUUCGAAAGUCCAAAGUGAGUGGAACUUCAAGAAAGCUCAAGGGCACGAAUUCUAAGAGUGUGGUAAAGAGUCGUUCUCCCUAUAUUAAGUUUUAUCGAGCGAUGGUCAUCACUGGUUGUAUCCCCAAUCACCCUAAAGGGGUGCGCUCUCGUGUGAUCAAGGAGCUAUGGAAUUACACCAACCACCUCAAAACACUCAGCUCCCGAAUCAAGCUUGGGAUUGCAUUUGCGACUGGUGCUCAGAAAUUUCCAGACACAUCGCAAGUCUCUAAAAUUAUGAAUAAGAAGGCUCUUAGUGCGCCAAUUCUACCUGUUAGCCCUACUAAGCAUCAGGACAAGAAAGCCCCGAAAGCGGUUUUGUUAAAGGUUCCUUCUGAUUAUAAAGAGGACCCAUUUAUCGCCACUUAUAAAAUAUUAAGAAAGUAUAUUCCGAAUAAAACGGCAGACGGGCGUAUGAAAGCCAUCUCAAGGGCAUGGAUGCAUACUAAUGUUCAAGUUGGAAGAGAUAGAAGGACACCCACGCAGCGUAUUCAGGCUGUCGUCAACGAACUUGGUUUGUAA